AUGCCUUAUUGUGCAGGAACUAAUUUAACUAAUACUGAUUUGAAUUAUUAUCAAAAAAUCUAUUUUCAAAAAAGUUGGGCUUGGUGGCUCAAUCAUAUUGGAACAUUUGUUGUAUUUAUAAUUGGAUUUUUUGGUAAUUUAUUAUGUCUUCUUGUAUUAUGUCGUGGACGUCUAAGACGAAGUUCGUAUACUCAAUAUUUAAUUGCAUUAGCUAUCGUUGAUACCGGAGCUAUUCUAUGUGAAGUACUUGUUGCACUUGAUGAAUUACAUCAAUAUCGAAGUGUUGAUAAACGUACAUUUAUUCAACAUACUGUUUUAUCAUGUAAAUUAUAUUAUUAUAUUCGAUAUAUAUUUUAUUCAAUGAGUUCAUGGGUUAUUGUUGCAUUAGCUAUUGAACGUUUAGUUGCCAUUCGAUUUCCAUUAUGGUCAAAACAUAUUUGUAAUGUUAUAAAUGCUCGUCGAAUUUUAUUUCUUAUACUUUUAUUUACAAUGAUUAUUCAAUCUUAUCAUUUUAUUGUUAAAGGUCUUGAUUGUUCAUUACCAUCAGUGACAAUGUCAAAACAAUUUUGUCGUUGUAAAACAUUACUUGGUUAUGCAAAAAUUGAUAUUUUUUUAACGAUUUAUUUAUGGCGUUUAUUUUUAAUGACAUUAUUACCAUUAACAAUAAUUAUAACUGCAAAUAUACUUAUUAUGAAUAAAUUAUUUAAUGAACAUUCUUUAAUUGAUCAUACGAAUUCAUCAGAUAAUUCUCGUCAUAAAACCAUAUUAUUAUUUAAAAUAUCACGAAUGUUAGUAAUAUUAUCAUCAAUUUAUCUUCUAUUACAUGUACCUGGUUCAAGUCUUGAAAUAAUGAAAUUUAUGUUUGUUAAUGUUUUUCGUAUAUGUAAUGCUAAAUGGGAAUAUUAUAUAUUUAUAACACAUGAUAUAUUUGAUUUAUUAACAAAUUUUAAUUAUGGAAUUAAUUUCUAUUUAUAUAUAAUUAGUGGUAAACAUAUACGAAAUGAAUUAAUACGUACAUUUAAACAUCCAUCAUUUCGUUCAACAAGUAAUGAAUAUAAUGGAAAAUUUCAACGAUCAAGUUAUUUUUUAUCUUCUCAUGGACAUAUUCCAAAAACUAAUCAAUCACAUUAUACAAAUGUACAUAUAUCAAGACAACGAAUUGAUUCAUCGAUAUAA